AUGUGGCUCGAUAUGCACCCGAGACUGCCGACGCAGGGCGCGACUGAUUCCAAGGUGCAAUCCAACGUACUCCACGAAUUUGGGCACGUAUUGGGCCUGGUACACGAGCAUAAGCACCCGCACUGCAAGGCCAGGUGGAACUAUAGCCAGCUUAUGAACCGGAAUCAAUGGCAAUUGGACAUGGUGCGCCGCAACUACGACGAUGAUACGCAUAGCGCUGUCAACUCCAAGUGGGACAAGGCGUACGAUCGAAAGUCGAUUAUGCACUACGCUAUCGCAAGAGGAGAUACGCAGAGCGGGCUGAUGGAUGUCCCUGAAAAUAUUGUGCUCUCUGACACUGAUAAGGAGACGUUGGCGAGUAUCUACCCACCGGUUGCUGUUGUGAAGCAACGCUCUAGAGUGCCUAAAGAGCCCAUGAAGAACUAUAAGAAGGAGAUACGUCCUAAGAAGCCAGAUUUCCAGCAAGAAUCGUCUGACAGUGAGGAUACCGAGGACACCGAGGACAGCGAAGACACAGAGGACAGCGAUGUCAGCGAUGAUAGCGAGGACAGUGAAGACAGUGAGGACAUCGAAAGCAUCGAGCAUAGCGAGGGUAGCUCUAGCGAAGAUAGCUCUAGCGAGGACAGCUCUGACGAGGUCCACGGAGGCUACGUGGGGGGAAUCGGUAACGUGGAGAUGAUCAUACACACCCGCGGUGCCCGCGUCGUUGUCUCUGGCAAUGGCAGUACAGUCGUCUACGGUAAUGGAACCAACGGAAAUGCCCAAGUCUAUGUCAACGGGGUGGCUCUGCUAGGAUGA